CCAUUUUAUCUUAAGGCGCUCUCACAUAACGAUCGCUUGCUCUCUUCAGGCUUUAACUAACUGGUUAAGGUCCAUGGCCAUUAUGAUCAGGUCUUUGCUGCUUCCUCUGACCCUCCUGGUUCUCGCAGCCACCUCAACUGUGGCCCAGCUGGAGAUCGGCUACUACAGCAAGUCAUGCCCCAACGUCGAGGCCAUAGUCCGCGAGGAGAUGGUGAAGAUCAUCUCCGCCGCACCCAGCCUCGCCGGCCCGCUCCUCAGGCUCCAUUUCCACGACUGCUUCGUCAGGGGCUGUGACGCGUCUGUGCUGAUCGACUCCACCAAGGGCAACCUGGCAGAGAGGGACGCCAAGCCGAACAGGAGCCUGCGAGGAUUCGGCUCCGUGGAGAGAGUGAAGGCCAAGCUGGAGUCCGCCUGCCCGGGCGUCGUCUCCUGCGCCGACGUCCUCACUCUCAUGGCACGCGACGCCGUGGUGCUAGCAAAGGGCCCUUCGUGGCCCGUGGAGCUGGGAAGGAGAGACGGACGUACGUCUAACGCUGCCGAGGCCAGCGACGAGCUGCCCCCGGCCUUCGGCGACAUCCCUCUGCUCACCAAGAUCUUCGCCUCCAAGGGCCUCGACCUCAAGGACCUCGUCGUGCUCUCCGGCGCCCACACGCUAGGCACGGCGCACUGCCCGUCGUACGCCGACCGGCUCUACAACGCCACCGCCGACCCAUCGCUGGACAGCGAGUACGCUGAAAAGCUGAGGAUGAAGUGCAGGAGCGUUAACGACGGGAGCACGCUUUCGGAGAUGGACCCCGGUAGCUACAAGACCUUCGAUGGCAGCUACUACCGCCAUGUCGCCAAGCGGAGGGGCCUGUUCCGCUCCGACGCCGCGCUGCUCACCGAUGCCACCACCAGGGAGUACGUCCGGCGCGUUGCCACCGGCAAGUUCGAUGACGCCUUCUUCAAGGAUUUCAGCGAGUCGAUGAUCAAGAUGGGCAACGUCGGUGUCCUCACCGGGGUUCAGGGAGAGAUCAGGAAGAAGUGCUACGUCCUCAACUAGCUAGAGAAGCUAGCUUUCCUAGCGAAUUAUUGUGGCAUGGAACAACGUGUGUUGUGAAGAGGUGAAUUGGAUUUCUGUUGUUAAUUGUACUACUCUUUAGUUGGCUGCAUCACUUCGUGCAACAGAUAAGCCAAUAUUACAACUCUGAGCUAACCACGGGGUUUAAA